ACAUCUUACAGGGCCAUGGGUCUUAUGAAGAUAUGUCUCUUAUUAUUCAGGUCAAUCUUGGAGAAGGAGGGACCAAAGUCACUCUUCCGAGGUUUGGGUCCAAAUUUGGUUGGAGUGGCACCGUCAAGGGCUGUGUACUUUGCAUGUUACUCCAAAGCCAAAGAGACACUUAAUGGCAUUUUCGUGCCUAAUAGCAAUAUUGUGCAUAUUUUCUCAGCUGGCUCUGCAGCUUUUAUCACAAAUUCCUUAAUGAAUCCUAUAUGGAUGGUUAAAACCCGGAUGCAGCUAGAGCGGAAAGUGAGGGGCUCCAAGCAGAGGGGCACCCUGCAGUGCGCACGCCACGUGUACCAGACCGAAGGCAUCCGGGGCUUCUACCGAGGACUGACCGCCUCAUACGCCGGCAUUUCAGAGACCAUCAUCUGUUUUGCUAUUUAUGAAAGUUUGAAGAAGUAUCUGAAAGAAACUCCCUUAGCCUCCUCCGCAAACGGAACUGAGAAAAAUUCCACAAGUUUUCUUGGACUUAUGGCAGCUGCUGCUUUCUCCAAAGGAUGCGCUUCCUGUAUUGCCUACCCGCACGAGGUCAUCAGGACACGGCUCCGGGAGGAAGGCACCAAGUACCAGACAUUCGUGCAGACGGCGCGCCUGGUGUUCCGGGAGGAGGGCUACCUCGCCUUCUACCGAGGGCUCUUCGCCCAGCUCAUCCGGCAGAUCCCGAACACGGCCAUUGUGCUGUCCACCUACGAGCUCAUCGUCUACCUGCUAGAGGACCGCACCCAGUAGCAGGCCCCAGAGCUGCACUCAGCAUGACGCAAGCAGACGAACUCGAGAGCCUUUUCCCCACUGAUGUUUAGAAUGUUUGACUGAAACCAGCCAUAAAGUAACUGGCUCGUAUCGCCUCCUGGACAUUUCCUUUUGGAUUCAUGCUUUCUGGAAGGUUUAAAUUCAUUAACAUUAAUAGUUAAUUAUAACUUUUUUUUAACUUAAGAGAAUUCAGGAUUAAACAGUAACUAAAUUAAAUCAUGCUAUUUAAUUUAAGU